UUUUGAAAGUCUGACCGGAAGUGUAACUGCUCUCGUCGUGUCGCAGCUUUAACGGUCCCGUACUCGUCCGCCUGACUGUGAACCAACGCCGACCUAACGUACCUUCAUUUAAAACCUGAACUAUGGGGCCGACAGGUGAGGUGGUGUUUGGCAGCCCGGUGCCGGUCUGCCCGGAGAACCGGCUGCGUUGGGACCUGAGCCCCGAGCAGAUCCGCCAGCUCUCGGACGAGCUCAUCGCCAGCACCAAGAAGGUGUACGACGGCGUGGGAGCCCUGGACCUGGACGCCGUCACCUUCCAGAACACGCUGAAGGCCCUCGCCGACGUGGAGGUCGAGUACACCGUCCAGAGGAACAUGCUGGACUUCCCUCAGCACGUCUCGCCCUGUAAGGAGGUGCGAGCGCGUGGCACCGAGGCCGACAAGCGCCUGUCGGAGUUUGACGUGGAGAUGAGCAUGAGGGAGGACGUCUACCAGAGGAUCGUCGCCCUGGAGAAGAAGGCGGACGGCGACAGCCUCUCUGCCGAGGCCUGGCGCUACAUGGAGCGACUGAUGAAACUGGGGAAGAGGAACGGCCUCCACCUGCCCAAAGACACUCAACAGGAGAUCAUGAGCAUCAAGAAGAAGCUGAGCAACCUGUGCAUCGAUUUUAACAAGAACCUGAACGAGGACACGACCAGUCUGUCCUUCACCAGAGACGAGCUGGGUGACGGCCUCCCGGGGCUUCCUGAGCUCUCUGGGGGCCGAGAGGCUAAAGUCACGCUGGCACUACCCCACCAUAAAAAUGCUUUAGUCCAAAGCAGCGAAAAAAAGCUGGAGGAGGCCUUCAACUCUCGCUGCAAAGAGGACAACUCGGCCAUCCUGAAGGAGUUGGUGGAGCUUCGGGCUCAGAAGAGCUCCGUGCUCGGCUUCAGCACGCACGCCGACUUCGUCCUGGAGAUGAACAUGGCCAAAUCUGGGAAGAAGGUCGCCAGCUUUCUGGAGGAGCUAGCUCGUAAGCUGAAGCCUCUGGGCGAUGAAGAGCGCUCUGUGAUCCUCAAACUGAAAGAGAAGGAGUGUCAGAAGAGAAAUCUGCCUUUCAACGGAGAGCUGCACGCCUGGGACACGCGCUACUUCAUGACCCAGGUGGAGGAGACCCAGUACGCGGUGGACCAGAACCAGCUGAAGGAGUACUUCCCGAUGGAUGUGGUGACCAAGGGUCUGCUGGACAUCUACCAGGAGCUGCUGGGUCUGUCCUUCGAGCUGGUGGCCGGCGCCGAAGUGUGGCACCCGGACGUCACGCUGUACUGCGUGAAGGACCGCGGCAGCGGCCAGGUGGUGGGGCAGUUCUACCUGGACCUCCACCCCAGGGAGGGGAAGUACGGCCACGCGGCGUGCUUCGGCCUGCAGCCCGGCUGCCUGCUGCCCGACGGGCGGCGCCAGAUGUCGGUGGCGGCCAUGGUGGCCAACUUCAGCAAGCCGACGGCGGACGCCCCGUCGCUGCUGCAGCACGACGAGGUGGAGACGUACUUCCACGAGUUCGGACACGUCAUGCACCAGCUCUGCGCCCAGGCGGACUACGCCAUGUUCAGCGGGACCCACGUGGAGCGGGACUUCGUGGAGGCCCCGUCCCAGAUGCUGGAGAACUGGGUUUGGGAGCGGGAGCCUCUGCAGAGGAUGUCCAAACACUACAAGACCGGCAAACCGAUCCCAGACGAGCUGCUCGACAAACUCAUCAAGUCCCGGCUCGCCAACACCGGUCUGUUUAACCUGAGGCAGAUCGUUCUGGCUAAAGUGGAUCAGGCUCUGCACACCAGGAAGGGGCUGGACGCCGCCGAGGAGUACGGGCGCCUCUGUCAGGACAUCCUGGGAAUCCCUGCGUCUCCAGGGACCAACAUGCCGGCGACCUUCGGCCACCUGGCGGGCGGCUACGACGCUCAGUACUACGGGUACCUGUGGAGCGAGGUCUUCUCCAUGGACAUGUUCUUCGCUCGCUUCAAACAGGAAGGAAUCAUGAACCCAAAGGUGGGUCUGGACUACAGGAAGUUCAUCCUGCGUCCCGGCGGCUCCGAGGACGCCUCGGAGAUGCUGAGGAAGUUCCUCGGGCGCGAGCCCAAACAGGAAGCCUUCCUGCUGAGCAAAGGACUAACGGUGGAGCAGGACGCCGGCACGCCCUGCCCCUGCUGACCAAUCACAGCGCUCCGUCUCCACCACACGGUUCACAGAGAUCUAACGACUGACGACAACGGACUGGUUUCCUAGGAAACAAACUGUAAAAUGUUGCCCAACGUGAGAAAAAAACUGCAUAAAUAAAUAAAUAAACAUGAUUUGAGGUGA